AUGGCCGCACAACACGGAGCAGCGAGGGACACUGGUGAGGACGGUCAGAGAGGACGCAGUGAAGAAUGGGAGGGUGAGGAAGGAAUGACUGAGACCUCCUUUAUGACCUUUGAAGGGCAACAAAUUCAAGGUGCAGUGAAGAUAAUGGAAAAACUAACUAGCCUAAGCUUUCAAAAAAUUAAUAGAAUUAUAACUGCUGUUGAUUCUCAACCAAUGUUUGAUGGUGGUGUCUUGAUAAAUGUACUUGGAAGACUGCAAUGUGACGACGACCCCCCACAUGCAUACUCACAAGUGUUUGUGCUGAAACCCUUGGGCAAUUCCUUCUUUUGCCAACAUGACAUCUUCCGUCUGGGCAUCCAUGACACAGCUUGAGGAAUAAGCACCACGAUCAACUACACCAAAUAAGUGUAUAAAGGCAUUGCUGUUUGCCAAUGGAUUGGACACACUGCUGAUUGAAGUGAACAUUGCUUGGGAGAAUUGUGUUGUAAUCGUUAUUCCAGACACAUUUGAUAUUUUGAAAAGCUUCAAGUUGAACAACCAUGUGAUCUUAAUGAUAGCAUUGUUUAGUUUUAUAAAAUGGAAGUGAUAAAGUAAUGCUAUUGAGAAGACAUUAACUUGGAAUAGAACCCCAUUUUAAGGCCACAUGGUUAUAUGAUUUGCACAUUUUGUUUUGCAAGUCAGUUCAAGUUGCACACUAUACUAUUUAUUUUUAAUACUGAUGUAAAACAUUGGUAAACAAAUUUAUUCUCUUAAUGCAAAUCUCACAGUAACCGUCCAGGCUGUUUAUUGUAAAUUACAUUAAUGAAUUCUUGGAUGUAAUAAAAAAAUAUUACAAACAUCAAAAUAUGAUGAAUGUCAAUAUUGUGUUGCCUAUGUUCAACUAAGUGGUAUGUACGAUAGUUGGCUGAGCAUAAAAGAAUGGUUGUCUUUUAAAAAAAACUCAUCUGUGUUCCUUUCAACAUGAGGUUGUUUUGUUCAAUUAGCAUCUUGAAUUGUUGAAAGAAUUGCCUAUUUCAAGUGCUCUGACAAAACGUAUCCAUAAUGUAAUUUUCAUUGUCUUUCUUUAUCAUGUAAUUCGUGUGUUAUUUCAUAAUUGAUACUGUGGAUUAAAAUGAAUUGAAUUGUUGUUUUUAUUUCUGUCUUUUCUUCAUUAGUGUAGGGUGCAACUUGAUGAAGACAAAACAAUGUUUCUUAAUGUUUUGUGACUGAAAUGUAGAUUAUUGCUUGUUAUAAAUAAUGAACCAAUGCCUUUUGCAUGUGUAGUUUGGUUCUCAAUUACAAAUGAAGACUUGCAAAAUCAACUGUCAUCGAAUAUAAAUGACAAAGUGAUAAUGUAGAGAAUGCAGUUCUUUAUAACUUGCGGUAAGAAAUUAAAUUGAUUUUAGCUUUAAAAAUGUUACAUGGAAAUGGAAAUAUUCAUAUAAACAUUCAAGAAGAAACACCAGUAUGAAAUAUAUAUUGCUUUUCAAUUUUAAUACAAGUUGCAUUUCAGUGCACGUGGCUCAUCUGUGCGUAACUGUAGUAGUAAUAAUACUUGUUGUGUUUGAUACCUACUGAGAUGAAUGAAUUGGAAUGUUAUUGGAAUUAUUGAAACUUGUUUUACAGAGCUGUUCGCCACCUUACCCAAAGUGUACUUUGAAAUGAUUUACAAAUAGUCACUAGGUAUUGACAGGCAAGGUCAGACAGAAAACUGUAAUUACAGCAAAAAAAAAAAACAAUGCAGGAAUGCAUAUAUUUAUUCAACUAUCCUGCCUUUACACUUUCUAUAAAACUAUAUAAAUAUUCAACUUUCAUUUGUAUAAAACAAUCUUUAGUCAUUUGAUAAAUACUGGCAGUGUUCCAUAAACCUUCUCUUAUAUAAAAGUUUAACAUGCAGUAUUUCUUUCUUGGGAAGACACACCUCCCCCCCCCCAUGUCACCUGUUAAGGCACUAAACAACAACCUAAAAGACUAUAAGCAUGUUUUGUGACAUGUUACUUCAUUAUUAAAAUAAAAACAGCUGCUUCCAAAAUUGUAAACUUCUGGGAACAUACAUCCGGUAAUACUGUCACACCUUUACCACAAUCUGAAAUAGACUAAGUAUAUCAUCACAUUUUUGGCAAAAGGGCAACCACUCCUUCACCAA